AUGGAUCCAAUUGGAAUAACUAUUGGGGCCGCAUCGCUUCUCACGCUUUUCAAAACUUGUCUGGAGUUAUACGAGGCUAUCGAAUGCGGGCGAAACCUGAGCAAGGAUUAUGAGAUACUCGCAACAAAGGUUGGAAUUGAGCGUGUCCGCUUGGCGCUCUGGGGAAGUAUGGUCGGGCUUUAUGAUCUUCCAACUGAUCGAAGUACCAAAGCAGGAAAGCUUGACACAUCCGCCCAUACUGUAGAUCCUAGACUGAAGGAGCCGCGCAUUUUUAGGGCGGUUUCGGAUAUUUUGAACUGCAUGCUCCGGCUUUUUCAAGAUAGCGGCUCGCUUACUAGAAGAUAUGGUCUACAGCAGAUGACUUCAAGCGAUCUUGCAUUGCGUGGAAGUGGGAGGAACGUCAUUACCACAACUUUCAAGAAGACAUAUGCUCAUUUACAUGCAUCGGCAUCGUUGAUCCAGCAAGGGUCCUCAUUGGUUACUGCAGCACGAUGGGCAAUCAAAGACAAGAAGCGAUUCGAACGAUUCGUGGAUGACCUCCGCAGCUUUAACGACAGCCUAGCACUAUUGUUUCCAGAUGUAGACGUGAACACACGAGUGGCCAUGGCCACUGAAAUCAACGACUCAACGGAUAUCGAUGGCCUUCAGAUGAUUGAAGAUGCGGUCUCUGAUUUAGCCGGAGGUGAACAACUUGUGGAGGCAGCGAGUCUACGCAUAACAGAGUUAUCUCAGUAUUCCAAGAGUGUGGCAGAGACGAAAGAAACCGAAGCCACGGAAGAUAGCAUGCCUGAUGUAAACGUGGACCGAAUGGCUCGGCAGCUCGAGAGGAUGGAAAUUUCUAUGAGCAAACGAGCUGAGCUGCGGGGAUCAUUGAUUUUCUCCUGUUGGGGAGUCGUUGGAGGUGAAUACUAUGCUCAGAAUCAUUUCUAUGGUAUUGAGGAGGAAGACUUUUUGGUCGAAAGACAAAAGAAAGCAGAAUAUGUGAAGCCAACAUAUCAAGCAUGGUGUAGGUCGUCUUUUCUUACUAUGGAAUGA